AUGGUGAACAAGCUUAAGCUCCAAACUGAGCCUCAUCCAAAGCCUUAUCAGAUUGCAUGGUUCAAGAAAGGAAAUGAGGUAAAAGUCUCCAAAAGGUCUCUUAUUUCAUUUUCUAUGGGCAAAAAUUAUAAUGAUCAAGUGUGGUGUGAUGUUAUUCCUAUGGAUGUGUGUCACAUACUCCUAGGAAGACCUUGGCAAUAUGAUAGAAGUGUUACCCAUGAUGGUCGUAAGAACACCUACUCCUUUAAAAUGGGUAAAUUAGAAAUUUUUCUCUUGCCAAGUAAAGAGGAAAAAACUCCCAAAUCUUCACAAGAGGAGGGUAGUAAUUUUCUAACUUUGUCAAAAUUUAUGAAAGAAAGUGAUGAAACUGGUAUUGUAUAUAUGUUGGUUUCUAAAGAAGAAGUGCAGCCCAUUGAUAUGCCUAGUGAGCUACAACCUCUUUUGGAAGAGUUUCAAGAUGUCACACCUGAUGAUUUGCCUAAUGGUCUCCCUUUACUUAGAGACAUUCAGCACCAAAUUGAUCUUGUUCCCGGUUCUAGUCUUCUAAACAAAGCACAUUACCGGAUGAGCCCAAAAGAACAUGAAAAAUUAAGAAGGCAAGUCACGGAUUGUUAA